GAGUCACCUGCUGUCCAAGGCUCCAAGCACCCGCCAAUCGGCCGCUGCCGAACCCGCAACCGGAACCUGCCUCCAGGCUGCUUCCACCGGGCGAGGGCGAGGGCGAGGCACACGCCGCAAACCGCAGUAACGCACACGCCGGGGCACGCCGCACGGCACACAACAAACAACGUGCCCUCGUAAGCGUCUCCUCGGCUCGCCUUCUCAUCUGCUCCUAUUGGAUUUUGCGGGGCUGGGCGUGAGCGUGUGGGCUCUUGUAGCGGGGGAUCCAUGAGCAGCCAACCCUAGCUUGCCUGGACGGGAACUCUCUACAGCUGUCUUUCGCGAUUCUCCUCGGGCGUGGGUUUUGUUGCAGGAGGUGUUUCAAGCUGCAUUGAGCCACCGUGCCCGGAGUUUCCUGUCUCUUAGUCCUUCGUUCAGUUGCGGAUUUCUUUGCUGCGUUCUGGAGUGGAGGAUCGACGUGCUCCUUUCGUGGCUGUUUGAUGCUUGUUGAGUUCGAGUAGGUUCGUAUUCCUGGUUCGGAAUUCAGUAAGGUCAGUUUCUCGCUGCUUGGAACUUGAUCCGAGGUGUUAGUUUAAUUUCUGAGAUAUGAUCGGGAGGGGAUCAGCGGUGCUGCAUUUUCUCGGGAGAUUGUACGGCGCGCCCGAAUCCUGCUCUGCACUGCUGUUUCCUGAAGUGCAAAGAGUGGGUGUCUAUUGUCUUGUUGCAAUGCAACUCAUGUGCAUAUCCAGUUCUCUUUCUGUCCCUAAUGACUUGUUUGUUUUCGGGGGUAUGGUUGCCAUGGUUGAUUGCGAUAUAUGGAAAUGGAGGGUGGAAUUUAUCUCUCUACUAUCUGCUGUGUAGUGGGCCAUUGCUGCUGUUGACACUCGACGGCCCUGCAGUCUACCUGGUUCUAUUGUGCCCCGACAGAAGAUCCUGAGAGCUAGAGCUGUUUUUUUCCCUACAUAUAGUUAAGUUAAAUUAUCUGCACAGCCGAAGAUGUCCGCGAUCAUGUUAUGUACCUGCAGCGGGGACCAGUCCAAGUUUGAAGAUCUUCCUAGAUCGCCAGAAUCUCUUGCAACACGUGACUUUUCAGCGAAUUGCUCUUCUUCAAAGAUGGCAAGUCGAGAAACAACUCCUGAUGACAGCCAAGUAAAUGAAGUAGAAUCAGACCUAAAAGAAACCCUUUCACUAAAUUAUGAGGAGGCUCGAGCAUUGUUAGGUAGACUGGAACAUCAGAGAGGGAACUUUGAUGCAGCAUUGCAAGUUCUUCAGGGGAUUGAUAUAAGAAGCCUGAGACCACGAAUGACCACUGCUAUUGCUGAAAGUGUCAAGCCUAGAAUGCCCCCACGCUCUUCAAGACGAAAAUCUUCACAAGUGAACGGAAUGCUUAUGCAUAUGUCCAUGCAUUCUGUAAGCUUGCUUCUAGAGGCCAUACUGCUUAAAGCAAAAUCUCUGGACACCCUUGGUAGAGCAGCAGAUGCUGCAGAAGAAUGCAGAACCAUCAUAGACAUUAUAGAGUCUGCAUGGCCAUAUGGUGUUCCGGAUGGUACUUCUGAAGAGUGUAAGCUAAUAGACAUAUUCCAUUCGGCUCUAGAAUAUCUUCCUAAACUGUGGAUGAGGAGUGGUUGUUUUGAUGAAGCCAUCAUCGCAUACCGCAGAGCUCUUGCAAAGCCAUGGAAUCUAGGUUCUCAAAGGUCCGCCAAAUUGCAAAAAGAGUUGGCAGUGAGUCUGUUGUACUGUGGCGUUGAAGUGAAGUUCCCUCAAGAAUUUUCUCAGGAAAGGAAUCUGGUAACCCCUGGGAACAACUUAGAGGAAGCAAUUUUGUUAUUACUCAUGCUAACAAGAAAGCUAUUUCUCCGAGAAAUACAAUGGGAUCCUGACCUUGUGAAUCAUUUGGUGUAUGCACUCUCAUUAUCUGGGCACUAUGAAGUUUUGGCCAGCCAUCUUGAAAUGCUGUUGCCUGGAACCUAUACCAGAUCAGAGAGAUGGUAUAUCCUUGCACUUUGCUACAGUGCAGCUGGCAUGGAUGACAGUGCGUUAAACAUCAUAAGGAAUGGUUUUUCUGUACUGGAGAGAAAGGGAAAGCCUCAUGUUCCAUCUCUUCUUUUAGGAGCAAAACUAUGUUGUAAGAACCCAAAGCAUGCUUCCGAAGGGAUAAAGUUUGCAAAUAAAGCCAUGAAGUCUUUCAGAAGUCGUGAUCUGCAUUUCAUCAGCACUACAAAACACUUUCUUGGUGUUUGUUAUGGACCUUUUUCUAGGUCCUCCACCUCAUACUUGGACAAAUCGAGACUGCAAGAUAAUGCACUGAGGCUGUUGCAGGAUGCUGCCACAACAGCGAAGUAUAAUCCUGAAAUAAUGUAUAGCCUAGCUUGGGAAAAUGCGAUGCAGCGCAAACUCAAUGCAGCUGUUGAAAGUGCAACAGAAUGUCUUGAGAUGGUGAUGGGUGGUUCUGUUAGUGCCUGGAAGUUACUAAUUCUUGUAUUAUCUGCACAGCAGAAUUUGCAAGAAGCUGAAGCAGUAGCAGAUUUUGCAAUGGACGAGGCUGAGAAAAAUGAUCAGUUGGAUAUUUUGAGACUGAAAGCACAAAUUCAAGCUUCCCGUGGACAGUUCAAGUCUGCAGUUGAAACUUUUCGGGUUUUGCUUGCUGCUAUCCAAGUAAAGAAGGAAGUCUGGAAAUUGACCACUUGUAAUGAGGUUAAAUGCCUACAAAAGUUGGAGAUGGACGCAUGGUUAGAUUUGGCAUCAAUCUAUUCAAAGCUUGAGGCAUGGCAUGACUCAAACAUCUGCCUUGACAAAGCUAUAUCCAUUGAUUUCUAUUAUCCCAAGUGUUGGCAUGUCAGAGGUCUUCUAUUGGAGGCUCAAUUCUUGCACAAGGAAGCCCUGAUGGCAUUCUCUUUCGCGCUAUCAAUUGACCCAGAUUACGUCCCGGGCAUGGUUUGUAUGGCAGGAAUUCUCCGAAAUAUUGGAGGGGAUUCAUUAUCAAUUGCAAGAACUUACUUGCGCAAUGCCCUCCGUUUAGAGCCUACAAACCACCGUGCCUGGUUGAGUCUUGGGCUUGUCCUGAAAGCUGAAGGAUCGCUGCAGGAGGCCGCGGAUUGCUUCCAGGCAGCAUAUGAGCUUAGAGAAUUAUCACCAAUUCAGGAUUUCUCUGAGCAACUCCCGAUCAUGCUGCAUUAGGAAUCUAUAGCAAAGGAGUUCACAUUUUUUGUGGAUUUUCCCCAUAGUUGUCUUAGUUAUUAACUUAUCCCUUGCAAAGGUAGGAAACAUAUGUUUUUGUGAAUGUAAAUUAGUCCACUUUUGUUCGUGAGGAAAUUUACUCGCUCUUGAAAACAUCAAAGUUAUAUAACUUACUAGUACAAUUGAUACGAA